AUGAGCUAACAUGGCGGAUUCACCUGGCCUGUCACCAACUAGCCGCUCUGAAACAGAUCAAGUCUUGCUUCAGAAAAAGAACAAUGAGAGCGGAGAAAGGAAGAACUACGAAAGGGACAGAUCACUUAAUGCUGUUAGCACCGCGGCUCGCACAAAGCUCUCACAGCUGAUCGAUCUGGCCACACAAGCUGAGGAACAAACUGAUUAUAAGAGAGUUGUGGACACUGUUUUUGAUUCGCUUGUUGGUGGAGUUUUUGAUCUCGAAGCCCGGUUUACCAUCAAAGAUUCAUCGGAUUUGAUAAUAUUAUUAGAGCUUUUGGAGCACUGCAAUAUUUCACUUAAGGUUGAAAUUCUUGGAUUGCUUAUUGCAAUUUUAAGAAAAAGCAUUCCUAACUUACAAGCAGCUACUAAAAUUGGACUAAUUGAAAGAGUGCUAUGCCGGCUCUCACAGGAAGGGGAAGUUGUUGUGGCAGACAAACUGGUGGAGCUUCUUGGAAUCCUGUCCAGUUACAGUAUUACAGUCAAAGAGCUGAAGACUUUGUUUGUCACUUUGAAGGGUGUGAAUGGGAAAUGGCCCUGUCAUACGGUCAAGCUGUUAACCAUCUUGAAGCUGAUGUUGGAUAAACAUGGUCCUGAUGUUUAUUUCAACUUUUCUGGUCAAGAGGGAGGGGCCAUCACUUUGCCACCCAUUUCAAAAUGGCCACUGCAGUCAGGCUUUACAUUUUCAACUUGGCUAUGCCUUGAUACCUCUCACCUGGCUAAUGCAGAGAAGUGCAAGCCUUUUUUGUACUGUUUUCGGACCGGUAAGGGACUAGGGUAUUCUGCACAUUUCUCAGGACCCAUGCUGGUCUUAGAAUGUGCUGUGAAAACUGGAAAAAAAGAAAACAAAGUGCUUCAUCACCUGGUUAAGUUUGAAUUCCAUCCUCAAAAGUGGUAUAUGGUCACUGUUGUACAUGCAUACAACAGAUUUCAUUCCAGUGAGAUCCGAUGUUUUGUGAAUGGUAAAGUAGUUUCCACUGGGGAGACCACUCUGGUACAUGCUAAUGAGCCAUUUGACAAGUGUUACAUUGGUUCUUCACCCAAAGCAGAUGUUCAAAGUGUGUUCUGUGGCCAAAUGGCAGCAGUGUAUGUCUUCUCUGAAGCUCUCAGUGCCCAGACUGUUGGUGCCAUACAUAGAUUAGGGCCUUGGUACAAGGGCCAGUUUAAAUUUCCUGCUGAAAUUGAUACGCCGUUAUCAGAGCAGGAUAGAAAGGUUUUGUAUGAAGGCCACCUGUCAGCUGUUAUCAUGUUCAUGUACAGUCCCAAAGCUUGCGAUCAGCAGUUAUGCCUGGAAGCUUCGCCCACUGAAAAUCCAUCCUUUUUCUGUCAUUCACCCCAUGCACUAAUGCUAGAGGGAGUGCAGUCUGUUGUCACACAUUCUCUUCAGAGUAUCCUUCACUCUUUGGGAGGAAUUCAAAUGCUGCUGCCAUUGUUCUCUCAGCUGGAUUUCCCUCAGGAAGGAAGUGGAGAAGCUACUGAAACUCCUGAAUUAGCAAUCUGUACUGUACUUCUGUCACUUCUGUCUGAUCUUCUGAGGAGGUCUUGCACAAGCCAACAGCAGAUGAUUCAGUGUCAGGGAUUUCUUGUCAUCAGUCACGUUUUAGAAAUGGCUGUUAACACUCACCUGACAGAGGAUGCACUGGAUAUUCUUCUUUCCCUUGCAAGGCAUCUCUUAAGUUCUUCAGGUUCAGGGGAUCUCCUGGGAAGUCUCUUAGAUCACAUUCUUUUUAACCCAAAUUUGUGGGUGAAAGCGUCUUCGAAGGUCCAGCUUCAAUUGUUCAGUGUGUUUGCCACAGACUUGGCCACAGGAACUGGCUGUGCUGCUCACUUGCGCCACGAUGUUGGGGUCAGCAGACUUAUGUACAUGCUUAAGACGUUUUACUGGCUCCAUGACGCCCCUGAGUUGGACCACGACAGCCGAAGGCCGUCAAAAGAAGAAAUCCAUUCUCUGAGGGCGUUUUUGCUUCUUUUGGUAAAACAACUAGUUCUAAAGGACAAGGGAAUCACUGAGGAAGAGUUUAAAAGUAUACUUUCCUACCUAAUGAUUACUAAUGAGGAAGAGAAUCUAUUGGAUGUGCUUCAACUGGUCCUAUCCAUCAUGACAGAGCAGCCAGAUACUUGUAUCCCUGUUUUUGACAAAGUUGAUGGGCUGAGAGUUCUGUUUCGGUUUCUGGACAUGAAAUCGGAGGCAGUGAGAGUUUAUUCUUUAAAGAUCGUUGGCUGUUUCCUUCAGUUUUGCCCGGCAAAGAGGAAGCAAGACUUGUUAGAACACUACAGCUUGUUCUCUUUGAUUGGCGAAAAACUCAUGAAACAUUCGCUGACGCUUACCACUUACAAUGUCUUGUUUGAGAUCUUAGUGGGUCGAGUCUCCAAGCAGGUAGUCAGCGGACAUCACCCACAACCUGACAACACAUUUCUUUUACAUAAUACAACAAUGGCGAAUGUUAUUGCCAAGAUGCUUCGCAAGAGCGAAGGUAAACAGUGCAAUGCGGGGGUGAAGCUGACGAGACAGGGAAGCUUUAAAGAAGAUCGAACACCAGAUGAGGAGAAAGUGGAUCUUAAGAGAAAAUUCCUUUCUGAUCUUGUUCUACUUCUUAAUCAUAGCAAAAUUAACAGAAGUCUUAUUCUCCAGCUUUCAUGUUGGCAAGAUUGGCUUUUCUCCUUAGCACACAUUGAACCCUCAAACCCAGAUGAAAGUCGCACUACGGACACUGUGUUCUGCCUUUUUCGUAUGCUUCUUCAUCACGCUUUCCAGGAAGAACGAGAGGGCUGGAGGAUCUGGGUCGACACGCUGGCUAUACUGCACGGCAAGGUGAGUACAUAUGAAAAAGAGAAGCAAAAAUUUGGUCUGAAACAAGUGGACGAAGCUACUCCCAAUGCGGUUAGCAGUCCAGAACACGUCAAACAAGGUGCUGAAGUUCUUCCUAAUGCGGACAAGAAAUCUCCGGUUACUAAGUCAGCGGAUAGUGAUGUUGAUAGAAAGAAAUUUUUCCAAUCACUUUUGCAAGGUAAAAAUGGACCUAAAGUAGAACCAACGGUUCCUAUAACAAUUCCAGAGGAGAGUGAAAGUGAACCCAAUUCACCCGACCGCGAGGAAGCGAAAGUUAGCACUAACGUUUCCACUAAUAAUGUUAAAACUGUGGCUAUGAACGAUGACAAUCACAGCCCAUGUAAUGAGAACGGUGAUGUAAUAGUUGGACAUUCUGAGGAAAGCCACUCUAACAUCGAGGGCUCCCUCAGUACUACCGGUGUGGGCUCCGAAAUUAGAGGGUCUGCAGUAGCUGAAAAGUCCGAGGACCCAAGGACACAUUUACCUGAUAAAGGGCUUAAUUCAGAUACAAAUGAGAAUGGAGAGAGUCAACAAGACAAAUCUCAUGUCUCGGAAAGUGUCACUGAGGAUGAAAAGGAUGAAGGUGUAAAAGAAAACUCCUCGAGUGGAUCUUCGACUGGAGGAAAUUUAACGGUUACUGACCAAUCAGAAAAGGCUGACGAGAAGGCAGAGGUAGCACCUCUUAAAAACGAAAACAUUGUCAGUAUCGAGGAGGUGUCUGUUAGUGAAGAAAAUAAUGAUAAGAAAACUGAAAAUCUGACAUUAAACGAUUCCGAGAAAGAGCCCGAAAACUAUGUUAAUUCUAGCGGAGGUCAAGAUUUAUUAAACGUGAAAGAUGAACCAAGAGAUGUUGAUAACAGUUUAACGAUUGCUGUCAAGAGUUCGUACAUAGGGGCGCCGAUCGAAACGAGUGAAAAUACUCUAUCGAACUGUAAAGCUACGGAGGUAGUUGUACGAUCGGAGACCGUCGACCAUUCUAAAGGUGUUAUCAUUAACGAAGGUGAAAGUCCGGCACAAGCGGAAGGAAACAAUGAUGAAAAACGUUCUGUUGAUGAUUCAACCCCUGGCAGCCAACCGAGCUCCCCUACCAGCACUUUGGAGACUGAGGCCGAAUCGAGCCCAAGGUCAACUUCUUCUGCUGGGGCCGUAGGGACUGGUAACCCGGGCUCACCCAAUCAGAAGUCAUCUUACAGAGCAUAUGUGAAUAUUCCAGAAUAUUUAUGGUCUCCUAUUCACCAGAGGUUGCUUGCGGACCUGCUCUUUGCUAUUGAGUCCGACGUGCAAGUCUGGAGAAGCCACAAUCGUAAAACUGUAAUGGACUUCGUUAAUUCGAAAGAAAAUGGAACAUAUCUGUGGAACUUGGCUCACUUUGUAUCAGUGUUGGCGGAUAACGUCAUUUUCUGUUGCGGGGAUCUCCUGCCCCUGCUGUCUUCCGUCACGUCACGUGAUUACGGUCAAGACGUCAUUGAGCCUUGCGGCGGGAUGACCUUGGAAACGAGUUUCUCCUUCUUGAAUCGACUGAUGUCUCUUGUGGAUGUGAUAGUUUUCACCAGUUCCCUCGCGUUCAGCGGGGUGGAGGCCAACAGGAACAUGAGCACGGGUGGAUUUCUAAGGCAAUGUCUUAGGCUAGUGUUUUGUUGCGCAGCACGUAACCGUCUCGUGUGCCGGCAGCGCAACAGACCCAUCCUUCCGGUGAUUACAAGUGCCAAACUAGGAAAGAAAGCGUUGAAGGAAGCGAGGCAAGCGAUCAAGACGCUUAUCGCUUCUACAAAACCCCCAAGUGAACAGGAUCUUGUCCAGAACAUACCCGGUCACAUGACCACAGUCACUGACCCGGAGAAGUUGCUUCAGGAGAUGGAUGUGAACCGUUUACGCGCUGUUGUGUACAGAGACUUUGAGGACAGCAAACAGGCUCAAUUCCUGGCCUUGACUGUGGUGUACUUUAUAGCUGUUAUGAUGGUCGCUAAGUACAGGGAUCUUCUUAAGUCUGAAGACUCCGAUGCGCGAGCGAGGUUUCACACGGUGGCCAGUCCAGGUCGUACUAUGUCAGAAGGUGAAGUGCAAGGUCUAUCUGAAAAUCGCUCCCGAGCGGCAACCUGGGGAGCUCAGCGGAGCGCUUCGGCAGAUGUGGAAGGAGAUGACGUGUUUUCGUGGGAAGACGCGGAACCCACUAUACCCAGUUUCCUGAAAGGCUCGGUCGACUUCAACCGCUUGAGCCUAUCAGAGAAACUAGAACUGGGGUUCAAGUCAUCUGGGUCUCUUCUCAAGGAGGUCCUGCUUGAUUUCAGCCCGUUUUUGAGCCGGGUCUUGAUCGGAAGUCACGGACAGGAACUGGUGUUGGAGGGCCUUUCAUGUCAAAAGACAGACUCCAUUGUAGAGUUGGUGAUGCUGUUGUGUUCGCAGGAAUGGCAGAACUCUUUGCAGAGGCACGGAGGAAUGGCUUUUAUGGAGCUUGUCAAUGAGGGCAGACUCUUAUCCCAUGCGAUGCGUGAGCGUAUUGUCAUGACAACAAGCGAGGCGUUUGUGAUCGUUAGCAAGCUAGACGAGAUCUCCCGUCAGAAGCAUUUGCAGUUUGUUGAACUGUGCCGCUUGACUGAAGCUACAUACAACGAGAACGACAAACUUCAAGACCAGCUGUUACUCGCUACCAAAAGGAGAGAUUUCUCAGUCGCCAGGAAUGUCAUCCAGAAGGUUCUUGACAUAAUAACCAGUGAACAGGGCGCAUGGGCAGUGGAACAGGAGCCUGCAAAUGUACAGUUUUACCGACUGGAUAUGUGGGAAGAUGAUAGUCGUCGGCGCAUGCGCUUUGUUAAGAACGAACAUGGGUCGAGUCAUCCAGAGGCAACAUUGCUGGAAUCAUUAGAAGGAGACCAUGGAUUAACAGCUGCCCCUCAACCUCUCAACUUCGCCAAAAUUUCUUCGGCCAAAGCCGAGGAUUCCUACUCGUUGAACGAAGAAGAAAUAGCAGAAAUGGUCAUUGAAGACCGCAGCAUGGGUCGAGAUGUGUCCGGUCACGUGGUGUUCACAAGUUCAUGUCACAUGAUUGCACCCUGUGUGGUGGCCCCUGGUACUCUGACAGUGACGUCAGAGGCAUUGUUUUUCACUGUAGACGAGGAAAAUCCAGAAUAUCAGAAACUGGACCCAAAGGUCAUAAUGUAUAUGGACUGUCUCCAUGGUAAAUGGCUGUUGGAUAUGAUCAAAGCCGUAUUUUCACGAAGAUAUCUUCUGCAAAACUGCGCGGUCGAAGUAUAUACGUCAACUGGAACUUCAGUGGUGUUUAAAUUCGCUGAUCAGCAGACCGUGAGAAAAGUCAUCCGGGCUCUUCCACCUGUGGGAGUUGGAACAUAUUAUGGGAUACCUCAAACUAGGGCAGCAUCAUUGUAUUCUCCCCGCCAACUUUUCCAGAAAUCCACCAUGACACUACGCUGGCAGAAGGGAGAAGUGUCGAACUUUCAGUAUCUUAUGUUUCUCAAUACCAUCGCAGGUCGAAGCUUUUGUGAUCUUAAUCAGUACCCAGUGUUUCCGUGGGUUUUGACAAACUACGAGUCAGACACAUUGGACCUGACUGAUUCAAACAAUUACAGGGACUUGUCCAAGCCUAUUGGUGUUCUAAACCCUACAAGACACGCACAGUUUCUGGAGCGCUAUGCAUCAUGGGAUGAGAAUGACGACAUCCCCCCGUUUCACUAUGGAACGCACUAUUCUACAUCCGGGUUCACACUGGCUUGGAUGAUUCGUGUGGAGCCGUUCGCGACUCAGUUCCUUAAUCUUCAAGGUGGAAAAUUUGAUCAUCCUGGAAGGACUUUCUGUUCCAUUAUACGUUCUUGGAAAAAUUGCCAAAGAGACACAUCUGAUGUCAAGGAGCUUAUUCCAGAGCUGUACUAUCUCCCAGAGAUGUUUGUGAACUCGAAUAAUUUCACUUUUGGUAUCGAUGAUGAUGGAUUAGUCAUUGACGAUGUGGAGCUUCCCAAAUGGGCGUCAACUCCCGAGGAAUUUGUUAUGCUACACAGAGCAGCCCUGGAAUCGAGAUAUGUGUCUUCUCAUCUACAUGAAUGGGUCGACCUAAUAUUUGGAUUUAAACAAAAAGGUCCUGAAGCAGAAAAGGCCACCAACGUAUUUUUUCACCUUACUUACGAGGGCAAUGUAGAUUUGGACUCCAUAGCUGAUCCUGUCAUGAGAGAGGCCGUAGAGCAACAGAUCAAAAGUUUUGGUCAAACGCCUUCGCAGUUGUUACAUGAACCACAUGUUCCACGGAUUCCGCCAGAAACUCCGAUUACGGAAGAAGAGGAGCCUUUUAAAAGUAUAUAUUUAACCUUCAAAGUUACGUCUGAUGUCCCUGUGACUCAUGUUGCCGCUAACACCGACUCCACCGUCCCUUCCCCUGCUGUCGUGACAAUCAGUUGCAACCAGUGUUUCUCGGUCAACAAGUGGUUUACAUCAGCAGACCCAAAGCAAAGUCUUCGAGGAGUUCAAGUUGAGCAAGAUCCCAUGUUAGCAACAAACGCUGGACGGCAGAAGCGUCAACUCGGUGAACCCUUAGAUCAGUCUGUCACACCGUGCGCCUGCUGCUUCGUGGUGACCGCUGACAACAAAUACAUCAUGGCUUGCGGCUAUUGGGAUAACAGCUUUAAGUGUUUUUCGGCGGAUGGUGGAAAAUUAACGCAGUGUGUCUUUGGCCACUGGGAUGUGGUGACGUGCUUGGCCUACUCACGUCACGUGGGGCUGAUAGGCGGAGAUGCACUUGUUGUAUCGGGCUCGCGUGAUGCUACAGUGUUGGUUUGGCGAUGGAGUGAAAAAUUGCAGAGAGUAGCAGCAACUGACCGCGAAGAAGGCGACAACCCCUCUCCACUGGCUAUUCUCACGGGUCACGAGCAGCCGGUGGUCUGUGUGGAUGUCAAUGCUUCUCUCGGACUUGUAGUCAGCGGUUCUCAAGAGGGACCUUGUCUUUUGCACACUACGGCGGGGAAUCUCUUAAGAACGCUGCGAGGGCCUGGAGACUGCGUCAGACCGAGGCUGUUGAAACUGAGCCGCGAUGGUUUGGUGGUAGUGAACUACACAGACGGCACAGGUCAUCUGGCGGUGUUUACCAUCAACGGCCGGCUUCUAAGCGACAAAAAACUGGAUGAUCAGAUGCUGGCACUGGCUCUCAAUAAAGACGGUAAUUUCUUCGUGACUGGAGGAUUCAGCCGAUAUCUGAGGUUGUGGCGAACUCAUGACUUGUGCCUUCUUCACACCUAUCCGCCAUGUGACGGCAGCAUUAGGGCUCUAACCAUCUCUACUGACCAGAGGUGUUUGGUUGCUGGACUGGCUUCAGGCAGUAUCUUGGCCAUUGCCGUGAACUUCCCGGGCCGUCUUUGACCCGAAUUUCACUUUCCCCCC